AUGGUCACAAAACACCAGGUUGAAGAGGAUCAUUCGGAUGAAGCUACGACGGAUCCCGAAGUUAAACGAGUAAAAUUAGAAAACAAGGUUGAAGGAAUACAAUCUGAACAAACUGAAACCAGUAAACAAGAAAGCACCGAUAAAGAGAGCAAAGGAAAGUUUGGGAAGGAAGCCGAAAGAAUAGGAGGAUCUGAAGUGAUUACAGAUGUGGAAAAGGGAAUUGUUAAAUUUGAAUUCGAUGGUGUUGAAUACACAUUCAAAGAGAGACCCAGUGUCGUCGAGGAAAAUGAAGGUAAAAUUGAGUUUAGGGUAGUGAAUAACGAUAAUACUAAAGAAAAUAUGAUGGUUCUAACAGGAUUGAAAAACAUUUUUCAGAAGCAAUUACCAAAAAUGCCCAAGGAAUAUAUUGCCAGGUUGGUCUAUGAUCGAAGUCAUCUUUCCAUGGCUGUCAUUAGGAAGCCAUUGACUGUCGUAGGUGGUAUAACAUAUCGACCUUUCGAUAAAAGAGAAUUUGCAGAAAUCGUCUUCUGUGCAAUUAGUUCGACGGAACAGGUGCGCGGUUACGGUGCGCAUCUAAUGAAUCACUUAAAAGACUAUGUUAGAAAUACCUCUAACAUAAAAUAUUUCUUGACAUAUGCAGACAAUUACGCGAUUGGGUACUUUAAAAAGCAAGGCUUCACUAAAGAAAUCACGUUAGAUAAAAGUAUAUGGAUGGGAUAUAUUAAAGAUUAUGAAGGUGGUACGCUGAUGCAAUGCUCUAUGUUACCAAGAAUACGAUAUUUAGACGCAGGUAAGAUUCUAUUAUUACAAGAGGCGGCACUACGAAGAAAAAUAAGGACGAUUUCGAAAUCGCAUAUUAUAAGGCCCGGGUUAGAGCAAUUCAAAGACUUAAACAAUAUCAAACCAAUUGAUCCAAUGACUAUUCCCGGUUUGAAAGAAGCCGGUUGGACUCCUGAGAUGGACGCGUUGGCACAACGUCCCAAGCGUGGUCCCCAUGAUGCAGCAAUACAAAAUAUACUCACAGAACUGCAAAAUCAUGCGGCGGCCUGGCCUUUCUUACAACCCGUCAAUAAAGAGGAGGUGCCUGACUAUUACGAUUUUAUCAAAGAGCCAAUGGACUUGAGCACCAUGGAAAUAAAACUAGAGAGCAAUAAAUAUCAAAAGAUGGAAGACUUCAUAUAUGAUGCCAGGCUGGUGUUUAACAAUUGUCGAAUGUACAAUGGAGAAAAUACAUCGUAUUACAAGUAUGCUAAUAGGCUAGAGAAAUUCUUCAACAAUAAAGUAAAAGAAAUACCUGAGUAUUCUCACCUUAUUGAUUAA